GGGAUAAAGAAAGGGUCGAGAAGAAAAAGAAAGCCAAAGAGGUGAGUUGAGCAGUGACUCUCUGAAUUUGGAUAAUGAAGAUAACGACAAUGACUCCAAGAGUAAAAAGGGAGGAGAUGCACUACCUGAUGUGAUUGAUCAAGGAAGACCUCGGUCACAGAAAAGAUGGGGCCAAAGGAUAAAAAAUCCAAGAAGAACUCUGAUAAAGAGGAAGAACAUGCAGCUGGGGAGGAAGCGGAAGGGAAAAAGAAAAAGAAAGUAAAGAAGAAGAAAGGGUCUACUAAGGGAGAUAGUGAAGAAGACACCAAGAAGACGAAAGGAAAGAAGAAGAAGAUUGAAAAUUACUCUGAGAUCUAUGAGCGUGAGCUUCGCAGCUACGAGGCAGAAAAAGUGGAAAACUACGAGGAUGAGUAUCAUAAAAAGAAAGUGUAUGAGGUGGUGACCAUCACUGGCGAUGAGCCAGGAGCAGGCACCGAUGCCAACGUGUUUGUCACUCUGUUCGGAGACUACGGCAUCACUCCCAAAGUCCACCUGGCAAGCAACACAGAAAAGAAGAGCCGCACGGCCUUCGAAAGAGGCAAAACUGAUGUUUUCCGAAUUAGAACUCACAAUGUUGGACCUUUGGAAAAGAUAAGGAUUGAGCAUGACAACACGGGCCUGAGCGCCAACUGGUUCUUGGACAGGGUGGUGGUGACGGAUGUGAUCCGGCCUCACCUGAGGUUCUACUUUGCUUGUAACAACUGGCUCAGCAAGGUGGAGGGGGACUGCCUUCAUGUGAGAGACCUGCUGGGUAGUAUGGACCCCAUGGUCAUCCCCAAAUAUAACAAGUAUAUCGUGAGUGUUUUUACUGCGGAUGUAAAAGGCAGUGGAACGGAUGCAGACGUCUUCAUUAAUAUCUUUGGGGAGUUCGGAAACACAGGUGAACGGCGACUUAACAAUGACAAAAACAACUUUGAGAAGGACACCGAAGACAAGUUCACCAUCGAGGCUCCCAACCUGGGUAAAGUGAGAAAGAUCUCCAUCGGCCAUAAUAACAAAGGCUCUUCUGCAGGGUGGUUUGUGGACAAGGCAGUUGUGGACGAUAUGGGAAACAAACUAGUGUAUGAAUUUCCAAUCGGUCGUUGGUUUGCCUUUGAUGAGGACGAUGGGAAGAUCCAGAGAGACAUUUUGGUGGGGGCGAGCCAGCCCACAGGUAUCGUGUACAACGUCCGGAUUGUUACGGGAAACGUCCGAGGUGCCGGCACCAACUCCAAAAUCCACAUUGUGAUGCACGGCUCGAAAGGCUUGAAGAACAGUGGCCAGGUGUUCUUAGAGGGGGGGCAGUUUGAGCGCGGCCUGACAGACAUUUUCAACGUGGAGAUCGCUGCGCUCCUCAGUCCCCUCAGCAGGGUCACCAUUGGACACGACAAUGAUGGAGUCAGUGCUGGGUGGUACUGCGACAAGGUGGUGGUUUUCUGUCCGUUCACAGGCAUAGAGCAGACCUUCCCGUGCUGUAAAUGGCUGGAUGAGAAGGAAGGAGAUGGGCUGAUAGAGAGAGAGCUCUAUGAGAUGGUCUCACUCAGACAGAAGAGACAGAAGAAGCACCCCUGGUCUUUUUGGAUUUGGACAUCGGACAUUCCCGGUGCCGGGUCUGAUGCGGACAUCUCUCUCCAGGUGUACGGAGAAAGGGGCAAGAGCGAUGAGCUCCGACUGGACAACAAAACGGACAACUUUGAGCAGGGACAAGUAGACAGGUUUAUGAUUGAACUGCCUGAUUUGGGAAAAUUGACCAAACUCCGCCUUUGGCAUGAGAAGAGAAAUCCUUUUGCAGGAUGGCAUCUCAACAAGGCAACUCUGAUGAAGACAUUAACAAAGGAGAAGUAUAAGUUUCCUUGUGGCCGCUGGCUGGACACAAACGAAGACGAUAACGAGGUUGUGAGGGAGCUUCCCGCCAUGGGAGACUCCAUCGCUGAGCCGCUGCCCGUGAUCAAAUACAGAGUGACAGUUUGCACGGGGACGGUCGGCGGCAGCGGCACCGAUGCUUCCGUUUUUCUAAAUCUGAUUGGAGACCAGGGGGACACUGGAAAUCGACAGUUGGUCAACUGCAAAAACAACGUCAAUAAGUUUGAGAAAGGCAACUUGGAUGAGUUCAUAGUGGAGGCAGUAGCCAUCGGGCAGAUUCGCAGGGUGAGGAUAGGACAUGAUGGCAGGGGUGGAGGCUGCGGAUGGUUUCUUGAUAAAGUGAUUGUUAAAGAGGAGGGACAGACUGACGCAAAGGAGUUCCCCUGCAACAGGUGGCUGGACCGCAACGAGGAUGACGGACAGAUUGUUCGAGAGUUAGUGCCGUUCUCAGAUGGACAGCGACUUUACAACGUUGACUACCACAUCGCGGUGAAGACGGGUAGCUUCGCUGGCAGCAGCUCAGACUCCAACGUGUUUGUCAAGCUCUAUGGAGAGAAAGGCGACACCAGUACGAUGAUGCUUUUGGUCUCCGCCAACAACCUGGGGAACUACUUUGAGACGGGCCGCAUGGACAUCUUCACAGUGGAAACGUUUGAUAUCGGACAGAUCAACCGGAUUAUGAUUGGCCACACCAACAAAGGCAUGCAUGCUGGCUGGUUCUUGGACAGCGUUCAGCUCAUGGUUCCAGUCCAUGGAAAGCAAUACAUGUUCCCCAGCCACCGCUGGCUGUCUAAGGACGAGGCCGAUGGAAAGACGGAGGUGGAGAUCUAUCCAAGCGAGAUCCUGGACAUAGAACAGCUGAUCAAUUAUGAGGUGACAGUAGUGACAGGAGAUGUGACUUUUGCUGGUACCAACGCCAGAGUGAUCAUCCAGAUCUACGGAGACAAAGGGAAGACAGAGGUCAUCAUCCUCGAAAGUAGAUCCAACAACUAUGAACGAAACACCACAGAAAUAUUCAAGAUAGAGGCCAAAGAUGUGGGGAAGAUCUUUAAAAUCCGCAUCGGUCACGAUGGCUCGGGGAUCGGAUCAGGCUGGUUCCUGGAGACCGUGGACGUUAAGCGUCUAAUCUUGGCCUUGGUGCCCAAAGAGAAGAAAAAGGAGGACAAGAAAAAAAAGAAGAAAAAGAAGGAGGAUGUGGACGAGGAGGGAGGAGAGGAGAUGCAGGAGGUGGUGCUGACUUACAGUUUCCCCUGUUCGCGCUGGCUGGCCGGGGGAGAGGAGGACGGCGAGCUGGUGGUGGAGCUGCUGCCCGACGAUGCAAAGGAGCUGGAAGUCAACACCUAUGAAGUGUGCAUCUUCACUGGUGACAUGGCCGGUGCUGGGACCGACGCCCACGUCUUCAUCAAUAUUUACGGUGAGAAUGGAGACACCGGAGAGCGAUAUCUCAGGAACUCGGACAACCUCAACAAAUUUGAGCGGCGGCAGGAGGAUGUCUUUAUCGUGACAGCUGUUGACUUGGGUUCAUUGAAGAAGCUACGAAUCCGUCAUGACGGCACUCGUUCUUAUUCAUCUUGGUACCUGGACCGUGUUGAGAUAGUGGACACGAAGGAUGAUACAACGUACUAUUUCCCAUGUACGCGCUGGCUGGCAGUGGAUGAGGACGAUGGACAGAUAGCCAGAGAGCUGGUUGCUGUGGACGAGGCCUUCAUGAGGAAGGAUGAGGACGAGGAGGGAGCCGGCCCAACUCUGGGGCUCGAGCAGAAAUCCAUGUCUACAACAUAUACCAUCAAAAUAAAAACCGGGGAGAAGAAGUAUGCGGGGACUGAUUCCAACGUCUUUGCCAUCCUAUUUGGUGAAAAUGACGACACAGGGGUCAUCAACCUCCGGUCUUGUAAGAACUAUAAGAAUAAGUUUGAAAAGGGGAUGAUCAACGAGUUCACUGUGGAGGCGGUGGAUUUGGGAGACCUGGAAAAGCUUCGCAUUGGCCACGACAACUCAGGGGGUUCAUCUGGCUGGUUCUUGGACUGGGUCGAGAUCGACGCCGCCUCUCAGGGUCAGAGACUGCGCUUCCCAUGUGGCCGCUGGCUGGAUAAAGGAGAAGAUGAUGGGGCGAUCGUGAGGGAUCUUUAUCCCGCCGAGUUACAGACUGAACUCUACAUGCCAUUCGUCCCUUACGAGAUAAAGAUAUACACCAGCGACGUGUUUGCUGCGGGAACAGACGCAGACGUGUUCAUAGUGUUGUACGGACGUAAGGGAGUGUGCACACAGCAGAAGUACCUGUGCGUCAACAAGAGGGAGAGACGUCUGUACUUUGAGAGGGGGGCCGAGGACAUGUUUAUCGUGGAGCUGGAGGAUGUCGGUGAGGUAAUUGAAAAAAUCAGGAUAGGACACGACAACAGGGGCACCAACCCCGGCUGGCACCUCGACAGAGUGGAGAUCAGACGUCAGCUCAGGAAAGGAAAGGGUUCAGAGACAAACAUCUUCCCAUGCGAGUCCUGGCUGGCCAGGUCUGAAGAUGAUGGGGAGACGGUGAGAGAGCUGGUCCCCUCCGACAUCAUCACUGAGAAACUCCUCCGGGAUGGGAAGCUGAAAGUGACUGAAGAGGAAGUGGAGGAUGCUUUGGAAACUCACAUUUACAGCGUGUCCGUGCGGACAGGUGACAUGUACGGAGCAGGAACUGAUGCCAACGUCUUUCUCACCAUCUACGGAGACCUGGGAGACACAGGAGAGCGCAAACUCGCCAAAUCCGAGAAAAACAAGAACAAGUUUGAGAGAGGAGCGGUGGACACGUUCACUAUUGAGGCUGUGGACUUGGGCCAGGUGUUUAAGAUUCAUAUUCGUCAUGACAACGCCAUGAUGGGAGCCGACUGGUACCUGGAACAGGUGGAGGUGCUGGAUCAGGAUUCAGAAGAGGUUUACAUGUUCCUGUGUGAGCGCUGGCUGUCGAAGAAGAAAGAGGACAAACGCAUUGCCAGGACAUUCUUCAUCAAGGGGUACAAAGGUGAAAGAAACACUGAUCCAAAUAUCAGCAAAAUGCUCCAAGCCAAACUGGGACUGGACAGAAAUGCCAACAAGAAGAAAAAGAAGAAAAAGGUGUCAGCUUUGGAAGAAGGUCCAAUCAUCCCCUAUCAUUUCACCUUGUCCACUGGGAUGGAUCGUGAUGGCAGCACCACGGCCCGGGUCUUUGUCAUUAUCAUCGGGCCCAACGACGUUGAGACCGACCGGCUGUGGCUGGACCUGCCUGAGGGAAAGAAAUGCUUCGCAGCCGGCACCAUGGAGCACUUUGUGUGUUACGGAACUGACGUAGGAGCGAUCAAGAGGGUGGAGCUCGGCCAUAACGGAGUCACACCAGAAAGCUGCUGGUUGGUGGACGAGCUGUCGGUUGCCGUGCCAACCAAAGGUAUCAAGUACAUUUUUCCAUGUAAGUGCUGGCUGGCUAAAGACAGGGGAGAUGGUCUGACUGCCAGACUGUUCAAUGUGCUCGACUCCAGCACCAUCAACAUCACCCGCAAAGUCAUUUAUUCAGUGUCAGUGGUCACAGGUGACACUCAGUGUGCGGGGACAGACACCAGAAUUUUCCUGACGGUGUUUGGCGCCAACGGGACGACAGAAGAAAUGCUGCUGGCAAAAAAUGAGGACAGGUUUGAAAGGGACCAAGAAGACACGUUCACUUUGGAGGUCGAUGACAUUGCUCCUCUGAAGAAGAUCAGAGUUCGGAUUGAUGGCUCUGGAAGUCGACCUGACUGGUUUCUUGACAGGAUGCUGAUGCAGAACCUGACCACAGAGGAGACGUUUCUCUUCACUUACGAGAACUGGCUGUCAAAGACAAAAGGGCCAAAGAGGACGAGGGAGUGUGAGCUGCCAGCUGUGGUGGACGAGGAGGAAAUGGUGGAGAAAACAACCUACGUCAUCCAAGUCCAGACUGGUGAUGCCAUAGGUGCCGGCACUGAUGCCAACGUGUUUGUGAUGGUGUUUGGGGAGUACGGAGACACUGGGACGCUGCCGCUGAAGCAGAGCACCAACAUGAACAAGUUUGAGCGUAAAAUGAAAGAUGUCUUCAGAUUCCCCGACAUGUUGAGUCUGGGAGAACUGUCAAAAAUAAGAGUGUGGCAUGACGACAAAGGCCCUUCGCCUGGUUGGCGCCUGGAUUACAUUGACGUGAAGGACGAGGCCAUGGACCAGACCUUUAGGUUCCCCUGCGACCGCUGGUUGGCCAAAAAUGAAGACGACAAGCAGAUAAUGAGGGAGCUGGCCUGUGCCAACAACGACGCUAUCGACCUCAGUGACAAAACCAAAUAUGAAAUUGCCACGACGACUGCGAACACGGACGACGCCUCCACCACAGAAAACGCCUGGAUUGUGUUGGAAGGAAGGAAAGCUCGCUCCAAGGAGUUUGUUUUGGAGAAUAAGAAAAAGAAGUUCUUACGCGGCGCCACCGACACGUUUGAGUUUUCGUCAAAGCACGUGGGGGAGAUUGCCGGGAUCUGCGUCGGCCACAUCACCAAAGACGGAAAGAAGGUGAAGCAUGAAGCCUUCUGGCACGUCAUGGAGGUGGUGGUGACAGAACAGGAGCUGGGAAACAAGUAUUUCUUCCACUGCGAUGCACAAAUCCCCCUGGCAGCCAAAAAGGACAAAUUCCUCACAUUCGAGUGCUUCAAGUCCAUCGAGAGCUUCGCGAGCAAAGUCCGCAAACUGGUCCCCGUCAAGUACGAAAUCAUCGUCAUCACCGGGGACGUGAAGGACGGCGGCACGGAUUCCAACGUUUUCAUCACCAUCUACGGCGUGAACGGGGACUCGGGCAAGCGCCAUCUGCGCCAGAGCUUCCGCAACCUCUUCGAGCGAGGGCGAACCAAUCGCUUUGUUCUGGAGAUGCUGGACCUCGGGGAGCUGCUGAGGGUCAGAGUGGAGCACGACGGCAGCAGCCUCCACUGCGGCUGGUUCUUAGAGUGCGUGGAGGUGACAAACACAGCCAACUCGGUGACGACCAUCUUCCAGUGUGGCAAGUGGCUGGACAGACGCAAGGCCGACGGGCAGAUUGAGCGGGUCCUCUACCCCAAAUAUUAGGAGGAUGCGUGUGGGCGAGCGGGUUCCUCCAGAUGGAAACGGAUACACCGGAAUUUAGUUGUACGUCAACUUUUAAAGGAAGCAGCUUUUCUUUCUUCUAAAGCUUGUGCCAACUCUAGAGCAUUGGUCAGCCUCUUAAGGAUUGAUUUAAUAAUAAAAUGAUUGUCCGAUAUGUAAAGGCUUUGGAACAGGUGAAGCAAAUUCUAGUCCACAGAGAAUAUAUUUUUAAAGCAGUGUAAUCCGAUAAAUUGGCAACACAUUUUUUAUACGGAUCCCUUUAGUUUGAUACAAUACUGUUCCUAAAUGAUCUUGAGCGGAUUUCAUUACUGUAAUAAAAGCAGACAUGUGCACUGAUACAGAUUUAUCUGUGAUAUGUUAAUAUUUGUAUUUCUAAAUGUUUACUGGAAGUUAAUAUAAAACCAGAGUAGAUUAGUUCUCAGCAUUUUAGGCAGUUUAUUUGAAAAACACAUACAAAAAGAUCAUAUACAAGACAAUAAAUAAAAAAGAGACAGAACAGUUUGGGUUAAGCUAUGCAACUUUUUGCAUCAUCAUUAGUAAUAAAUACAGUACAAAAUCCACCCAGAGUGAAUCUAAAGAUUUUCCACAAUAUUCAAUGAUCAUGUUAUUCUUCAUUAUGAUUUAGCUAUUGCUUUCAUAUUAUUGAUACAUACUUCUACUUUUCUAUAAAAUACUCAAGAUCAUAAAACAUUGCGCGGUAACAGCAAAACAGCAGUGUGUUGUACAAAGAUGGCCACUUCCCUUUUUCACUGGCAGGUUAAUAAUCAACAUUUUUUUUCAGCAGCAAAGAAACAUCUGAAAUAUUCAAGAAGGUACAGCAUCAUAAUAAACACAUCUACAGAGCUACUCCCACAUACACAUAGGAAAACCUGAGAAGGACAUGCAUUAAAAAGCUUGUGCUUUAAGUUCUACUGUUCAUUCCGGUUCAUCAGCUUGAGUUAAUACUAUGGCUACUGUCCAGUUCACUCUGGAGUAAUGGGGUACACUGUGGAGGACACGGGUAAGGCCAGUGAGAGCACGAAAUGAAAUAAUAAGACCAGCCAGCUUUGUUCCAAACAAAUACACGUCAUAAUCAUUUUUGCGAGUUAGUAGAGUAUUAUUAAGAAAUGCAACACCGAAAACGUAAGUAGCUUAUUAUACCCAGGUGUAGAAGACGCUAUCUAUAUUGUAUAACCACAGUACACCAGAAGUUUGCUCAAUAAGACCAAUGGCUCAAGUUAGCAUGUUAAAUACUUCCCAAAAUCCCACACAAAGCAACUGCCAGCAAUACAUUAGGACAAAUAAAAGAGCUCAUUAUGGGAGUCCUUAAAAAAUAAAGCGCAAAAUUGAGAUCUAGAUAUGAUGGAAUAUCAUGAAAAUAAAACCCAAACAGGAAAUAAAACAUGACCGAUUAUGGGAAACGAAGCAGUAUCAUAUAACGAAAAGCAAGCGAAUUGUGGAGCCGCACUAAGACAAAAAAAGGUGGUCUGCUUCAGAUCGAGCACGGCUCAUGUUUCGUAAAGGAACAGAUUUCAGAGCCAAAUCAAGAGGUGACAUGAAUGGAAUGUAAUCCAGAUCAACAGCACCAUGCUGGCUAGAAAAUGUGUCGGGAAAACACUCCCAAGUCCCAAUUUUUUUAACAGGUUCUUUUUUUUUUCUCCUUUGAAAAAAAACAACAAAAAAAACAGACGGCAUGCAAAAGCAUCCCUACCGACCAAUGCAUAAUGAGGUAUUCUUUUUUUAUAUUUUGUGUUAUUUUAAAUAAAUAUAUUGAUUAAAUUGCAAAGUUAUGAGCUAGAGACAUUAAAUAUUCCACCACAAUAGCUAGCUAGCUACAGUUAGUAAUAAAUAAUGAUUGUUAAAUACUUAAGGCAUCUUUAAUCACAGCAUUCUAUGUGAACUAGCAAAACCUCCAUUUUCAUCCAUCUGUAGUUUUUUGGAUGGAGGUUUCAUACGAAAAGAAAAAAACAAAACGCAAACAGUCAAGUUACCCUCCAAUAAUACACAAGGAAGCGUGAAAAAAUACUUUGAAUAGAAACACAAAAUCUAGGACAUGAACCCACACCACCAAACCAAAAGAAUCAGGCAACUCCAUAUUAUAGUGCAUUUACAAAACACAAGCUACAUUAGAACAACAAUAAAUAUGUUUUUGCAGCAUUGCAGCUUUUUCUUCACUAUGGUUAAAAUGGGCACGGACUCGGCGUGUUAGUACCAUGUCCAAAUUGGCAUGUGAGCAAAAAAAAAAAA